AUGGGUACAAGCACAGGAACAUGGAGUCCAAUUUAUGUCUUCCUGAUAGUGCUUUUCUAUCUGACAAAAGCUGAUGGAUCUGCCCAAAUGGAUACAUCUACAAGCGGUGAAAGCAUACAAGGUACAUCUUCCUUUAUUGCACCAAACUUAAAUCCCAUUUUUAAAAGCAGUUCUCCUUCACACAAUGGAUACGUUUGCAGUACAUGGGGCAAUAACUAUUUCAAGACCUUAGAUGGUGAUAUCUUCUACUUCCCUGGACAAUGUAAUUACUUGCUUGCUUCAAACUGCAAAAGCGUCACCGAGGAAUUUAACAUUCAGAUCAGGCGUUCUGUUGUGAACGGGUUACCUACAGUCAGCCACAUUGGUAUGAAGAUCGAAGGGGUAUUUAUCGAAUUCACUGGAGGAAACAUUACAUUCAAUGGCAAUGUGGUGGAUCUGCCAUACAGUUUUUCAGGAAUUCAGAUUGACAGAAGUGGAGCAUACAUCAGAGUAAUUUCCAAAGUGGGCCUGGAAUUUAGGUGGAAUGAAGAUGAUGCAGCAACGUUGGAACUGGAUCAAAAAUUUAUCAACCAGACGUGUGGACUUUGUGGAGACUUUAAUGGAAUACCAACUUACAAUGAAUUCAUGUUUAAUAACGUUAGGUUAACUGAUAAUCAGUAUGGGAACAUGCAGAAGAUGAAUGGACCAACAGAAACUUGUGAAGAUGUGCUUCAGGCUCCUGAAGAUAAAUGCACUGAUUUGCUUUACAAUGCAGUUACAACAUGGAGUACAGAGAAUGUGGAACUGCUUGUCCAGACACUUGCAGCAACCCUGACCGCUCAUUAUCCUGUGACAGACAUUGCACAGAUGGAUGCUUUUGUCCAGCAGGAACUGUGUGGGAUGACAUUAACAACUCAGGCUGUAUUCCCAGCAGCCAGUGUUCCUGUGCUUAUAAUGGAGAGGUAUAUAGCCCUGGAAGCUCAUAUUUUGCACAGUGUCAGUCAUGGAAAAUGGAAAUGUGUUAACAGAGCUUGUUCUGGAUCGUGUUCAGUUAUUGGAGGUUCUCACAUCACCUCCUUUGAUGUCACUCGUUACAAUUUUUUUGGUGAUUGCAGCUAUGUCCUGACAAAGGCACUUGACAACCAAUUCAGUGUGGUGGCCGAAUUAUCAAAGUGUGGACUUAAAAAUACUGAAACAUGUUUAAAAAGUAUUGUCAUCUAUUUAGAGUAUGGGAAUGAUACCAUAAAAAUUCAGCACUCUGGCAGUGUAGAUGUGAAUACAAUCUUCUCCCAGCUUCCAGUCUCAUCAGGUAAUGUGACUAUUUUCAAGCCUUCCUCCUUUUUCAUCAUCGUGGAAGCAGCUGCAGGACUUCAAGUGGAGAUUCAACUUGUCCCAAUAAUGCAAGUGUAUAUUUAUCUACAGCCAAUGUGGAGGGCACAAGUGUCUGGUCUCUGCGGUGACUACAAUAAUGUUCAAAUGGAUGACUUCAAGGUACUUAGUGGAGUUAUUGAAGGAACUGCCGCCUCUUUUGGUAAUACCUGGAAGACUCAAGCAAGCUGCCCAAAUGUCAUAUCACACUUUGAUGAUCCUUGUUCACUCAGUGUUGAAAAUGCAAACUAUGCUCAGUUCUGGUGCUCAAAGCUGACCGACCCUGCAGGACCUUUUGCAGUAUGCCAUGCUAAAGUGAAUCCACUACUAUACAAAACGAACUGUAUGUUCGACUCUUGCAACUAUGGCAACAGUCAAGACUACAUGUGUGCAGCUCUCUCAGCUUACGUCCAUGCUUGCGCUAGAAUGGGUAUUCUCAUAACAGAAUGGAGAGAUACUAACUGCGAUUCAUAUACCACCAACUGCCCAAGCACACUAAGUUACAGCUACAAUAUAACAACCUGCCAGCCUACCUGCCGUUCUCUCAGUGAGCCUGAUGUCACAUGUAGUAUCGACUUUGUACCCGUUGAUGGCUGCAUUUGUACAAAUGGAACAUUCCUUAAUGAGCAGGGCUUCUGUGUUCCUCGCGAAUCAUGUCCUUGCUACUUCAGAGGCACUAUAGUGCCAUCAGGACAUACAAUUACUGAAUCUGGAGCUUUGUGUACCUGCAGCAUGGGAACACUAAACUGCAUUGGACAACCUGAUAUUAUGAAAGAGUGUAAGUCCCCUAAGGUCUAUUUCAACUGCUCUAACCAACCUGCUGGUAUCACUGGCACAGAGUGUGAGAAGAGCUGCCAGACUCUUGAUAUGUACUGUUACAGUGCUCAUUGCAUAUCUGGCUGCAUGUGCCCUGAUGGAUUUGUAGCAAAUGGAACUGAUGGGUGCAUUCCAGAGUAUGAGUGUCCCUGCAUGCACAACAAUAACCUCUAUGAAGAUGGGGCUACAAUCAGAGUUUCCUGCAAAACAUGCACCUGUCAAAACAGAAUGUGGAAUUGCAAUGAUGAGACUUGUUUGGGAACCUGUGCCGUGUAUGGAGAUGGCCACUAUUACACAUUCGACAGCAACAGAUACAGUUUCAGUGGAGACUGUCAAUACGUCCUGGCUCACGAUUAUUGUACAAAUGAUCCCACAAAUGGUACCUUCCGCAUCAUCACAGAGAACAUCCCAUGUGGCAGCACAGGAACCACUUGUUCCAAAUCCAUCCGGUUCUAUAUUGGAAAUAACGUACUAGUACUUGAUGAAGGAAAAUUUGAAGUGCAGAAUACAGGUUCUGGAGCUUCUGUACCAUACAAAGUGCACCAGAUGGGCAUCUUUUUGGUGAUUGAGACGCUGAAUGGCAUAGUUCUGGUGUGGGAUAAGAAAACAAGUAUUUAUAUUAAGCUCCACCCAGAUUUCCAGGGUAAAAUUUGUGGAUUAUGCGGAAAUUAUGAUGGAAAUGCUAUAAAUGACUACACCACCAGAAGUCUAUCAGUGGUUGCAGAUGUACUGGAAUUUGGAAACAGCUGGAAACAGUCCUCAAGUUGUCCAGUUCCUGUAGCAAUGGCAGAUUCUUGUGCGGCCCACACAUACAGGAAGCCAUGGGCAGAGAAAAAGUGCAGCGUUAUUAUUGGUACCAGAUUUGCGGCUUGCCAUGCUGUUGUGAACCCAAAUCCAUAUUAUUCCACAUGUGUUAAUGAUGCUUGUGCCUGUGAUACUGGUGGGGAUUGUGAGUGUCUCUGUACUGCAAUUGCCGCAUAUGCCCAAGCCUGCAGUGAGGCUGGAGCCUGUGUCAGCUGGAGAACCCCAGAUUUCUGUCCUUUGUUCUGUGACUACUACAACCAUAAAGGACAGUGUGAAUGGCACUACCAGGCUUGUGGCGCACCAUGCAUGAAGACUUGCAGAAACCCCAGUGGAAAUUGCUAUUACAAUCUGAUGGGCUUAGAAGGUUGUUACCCAGUAUGUCCACCAGACAGACCUUACUUUGAUGAAGAAAUUAUGGAAUGUGUGCCAUCCUGCUGUUAUGAUAGUAGAGGCAGAAAUUACUUGUUCCAUCAAGUGAUGCCAAGAAUGCCUGGAGAUGCUCACUGUACCAUCUGCAUGUGCACCAGACAUGGAAGACAAUGCUUCCCCGAUUAUAAACAAGGUUGUUGCGAGUACGACAUGACAACGUAUACAACAUCACAGCCAAUUUACAGUACCCCUGAUAAACUGGGAGGAUGUAAUUAUGCCAGAUGUGAGAAUGGAACAAUUGAAUCAAUCCAUCACAACAACAUGUUCAAUGACUACAUCACCUACAACAAGUCCAACAACAACUUCAACAACACCAAGUCAAACAACUACAAGUCCAGAAACUACAACAAGCCAUUCAACAACGACAAUUCCAGAAACGACAACAAGCUAUUUAACAACAAGUCCAACAACCACAACAACAAUUCCAGAAACUACAACAAGCCAUUCAACAAUGACAACUCCAACAACCACAAGCCAUUCAACAACUACAACAAUUACAGAAACUACAACAAGCCAUUCAACAACUACAAUUCCAGAAACUACAACAACCCAUUCAUCAACAAGCCAUUCAACAACUACAAAGACAACUCCAACAACGACAACCCAUUCAACAACAAAAACAACCACAACCCAUUUAACAACUCCAACAAUUCCAGAAACAACAACAAGUCAUUCAACAACUCCAACAACCACAACAAUUUCAGAAACUACAACAACCCAUUUAACAACUACAACAAUUCCAGAAACAACCACAACCCAUUUAACAACUACAACAAUUCCAGAAACAACAACAAGUCAUUCAACAACUCCAACAACCACAACAAUUUCAGAAACUACAACAACCCAUUCAACAACUACAACAAUUCCAGAAACAACUACAAGCCAUUCAACAACUACAACUAUUCCAGAAACUACAACGACCCAUUCAACAACUACAACGUCAAGUCCAACAACUACAACAUCUACAUCCACUUUAGAGACCACAACAAGUAUUACAACUACUACAUCAACUUCCACCAUUAUACCAGGAAUCAAUCUAUCACAACAACAUGUUCCAUGACUACAACAAUCACAAGUCCAACAACCACAAGCCAUUUAACAACUACAACUAUUCCAGAAACUACAACAACCCAUUCAACAACUACAACAAUUCCAGAAACAACAAUAAGUCAUUCAACAACUACAACAAUUUCAGAAACAACAACCCACUCAACAACUUCAAGUCCAGAAACAACAACAACAACCCAUUCAACAACACCAACAAUUUCAGAAACUACAACAAUUCCAGAAACUACAACAACUCAUGCAACAACUACAACAAUUCCAGAAACAACAACAACUCAUUCAACAACCACAACCCAUUCAACAACUACAACAGUUCCAGAAACAACAACAAGUCAUUCAACAACUCCAACAACCACAACAAUUCCAGAAACAACCACAACCCAUUCAACAACUACAACAAUUCCAGAAACAACAACAACAACCCAUUCAACAACUACAACCAUUCCAGAAAUAACCACAACCCAUUCAACAACUCCAGCAACCACAACAAUUCCAGAAACUACAACAACCCAUUCAAUAACUACAACAAUUCCAGAAACAACAACAACGCAUUCAACAACCACAACCCAUUCAACAACUACAACAGUUCCAGAAACAACUACAACCCAUUCAACAACAAGUCAAACAACAACUCAUUCAACAACCACAACCCAUUCAACAACUACAUCAGUUCCAGAAACAACAACAACCCAUUCAACAACAAGUCAUUCAACAACUCUAACAACCACAACAAUUCCAGAAACUACAACAACCCAUUCAACAACUACAACAAUUCCAGAAACAACAACAACACAUUCAACAACUACAACAAUUCCAGAAACAACAACAACAACCCAUUCAACAACUACAACAAUUCCAGAAACAACAACAACAACCCAUUCAACAACAAGUCAUUCAACAACUCCAACAACCACAACAAUUCCAGAAACCACAACAACCCAUUCAACAACUACAACCAUUCCAGAAACAACAACAACCCAUUCAACAACUACAACAAUUCCAGAAACAACAACAACUUAUUCAACAACCACAACCCAUUCAACAACUACAACAAUUCCAGAAACAACAACAACAACCCAUUCAACAACAAGUCAUUCAACAACUCCAACAACCACAGCAUUCAACAACUCCAACAACCACAACAGUUUCAGAAACUACAACAACCCAUUCAACAACUACAACCAUUCCAGAAACAACCACAACCCAUUCAACAACUACAAUUCCAGAAACAACAACUCAUUCAACAACCACAACCCAUUCAACAACUACAACAGUUCCAGAAACAACUACAACCCAUUCAACAACAAGUCAUUCAACAACUCCAACAACCACAACAAUUCCGGAAACAACAACAACCCAUUCAACAACUACAACUAUUCCAGAAACAACUACAACCCAUUCAACAACUACAACAGUUCCAGAAACAACUACAACCCAUUCAACAACAAGUCAUUCAACAACCUCAAUUCCAGAAACUACAACAACCCUUUCAACAACAUCAAGUCCAACAACUACAACAUCUACAUCCACUUCAGAGACCACAACAAGUAUUACAACUACUACAUCAACUUCCACCUUCAUACCAGCUCGCCAAAACAUGACAUAACUGGAGAUAUUGAAUCUUUUCAAAACAUUAGAGACCAUAAUAUUCCCAUUUGUGAGAGUCCAAUGACUAUUACAAGAGUUGAUUGUAGAGUAAAAGAUUUCAUAUUUUCAUCAGAAGAAUUCAAACAAAGCCAAAGAUGCAACAUGCAAGAAGUUGGUUUGCUUUGCCUAAACGGGAACAAAUCCCAAAGAUGCAAUAUCUAUGAAAUUAAAAUUCGAUGUUGCUACAGGAAUCAAUCCAUCACAACAACAUGUUCAAUGACUACAACAACUACAACAAGUCCAACAACAACUUCAACAACACCAAGUCAAACAACUACAAGUCCAGAAACUACAACAAGCCAUUUAACAACAACAACUCCAACAACCACAAGCCAUUCAACAACUACAAUUCCAGAAACUACAACAAGCCAUUUAACAACAAGUCCAACAACCACAACUACAAUUCCAGAAACUACAACAAGCCAUUCAACAACGACAACUCCAACAACCACAAGUCAUUCAACAACUACAAUUCCAGAAACUACAACAAGCCAUUUAACAACAAGUCCAACAACCACAACUACAAUUCCAGAAACUACAACAAGCCAUUCAACAACUACAAUUCCAGAAACUACAACAACCCAUUCAACAACAAGCCAUUCAACAACUACAAAGACAACUCCAACAACGACAACCCAUUCAACAACAAGUCAUUCAACAACUCCAACAACCACAACAAUUCCAGAAACAACUACAAGCCAUUCAACAACUACAACAAUUCCAGAAACUACAACAACUCAUUCAACAACAAGUCAUUCAACAACUCCAACAACCACAACAAUCCCAGAAACAACUACAACCCAUUUAACAACAAGCCAUUCUACAUCUACAACCAUUCCAGAAACAACAACCCAUUCAACAACCACAACAAUUCCAGAAACUACAACAAGCCAUUCAACAACCACAACAACAAGUCCAGAAACUACAAGUCACUCAGUAACAACAAGCCAUUCAACAACUACAACAUCAAGUCUAACAACCACAUCAACAACAUUCACAACUUCCUCUCAAGUCACUAUUACUUCGACAUCUGGAACAACUAUUUCAACUGUGCCUACUACAUCAUUCACAACAUCUUCCACAUCAUCUACACCUAGUACAUCUACUUUAUCUACAACAAUCUCAACCACAAGCACAGAGACCACCACAUCCGAACAUACUUCCUCCUCUACUGUGUCAUUGACAACAUCAACUCCAACUACUUCAUUUUCAACUGUAACCACAUCAACAAGCACGACAACCAUCAGUACAUCCUCUUCAACUUCAUCAACAACUACAACUCCCACACCAACUACAACUUGUCUUAUGUGGAAACCAUCUGAAUCAUACCCUCCACUACCAGGGUCAUCAACAGUUCCAUCAAAUAAAGAAUCAUCUUCAACUAUAUCACCUUCUUCACAUGAUAAAAGUGCAUCAAGUUACACCAUACCUGAUAUAAGUAUAUCAUUUUCAACACCAGCAUCAAGCGAAAUACGCUCAACAAAAUUAACAACUACUCCACCAUCUAAAGAAUCUUCCACUCCUGAUUCAAAACAAAUUCACUCUACCAGUGUUUCACAUCCUUCACCUGAUGUAUCAGUCUCAGUAUCAAGCACUGCAUCAUCUACACCUGGAUCAGGAGACAUACACUCCACAAAAUUAAUAACCUCUCCGCCAUCUAAAGUAUCCUCCACACCUGAUUCAAAAGAAAGUCACUCUACCAGUGUUUCACAUCCUCAACCUGAUGUGUCAAGCUCCAUAUCAAGCUCUACAUCAUCUACACCUGGAUCAAGUGACAUACACUCCACAAUAUUAAUAACCUCUCCACCAUCUAAAGUAUCCUCCACACCUGAUACAAGAGAAGUUCACUCUACCAGUGUUUCACAUCCUUCACCUGAUGUAUCAGUCUCAGUAUCAAGCACUGCAUCAUCUACACCUGGAUCAGGAGACAUACACUCCACAAAAUUAAUAACCUCUCCGCCAUCUAAAGUUUCCUCCACACCUGAUUCAAAAGAAAGUCACUCUACCAGUGUUUCACAUCCUCAACCUGAUGUGUCAAGCUCCAUAUCAAGCUCUACAUCAUCUACACCUGGAUCAAGUGACAUACACUCCACAAAAUUAAUAACCUCUCCACCAUCUAAAGUAUCCUCCACACCUGAUACAAAAGAAAUUCACUCUACCAGUGUUUCACAUCCUUCACCUGAUGUAUCAGUCUCAGUAUCAAGCACUGCAUCAUCUACACCUGGAUCAGGAGACAUACACUCCACAAAAUUAAUAACCUCUCCGCCAUCUAAAGUAUCCUCCACACCUGAUUCAAAAGAAAGUCACUCUACCAGUGUUUCACAUCCUCAACCUGAUGUGUCAAGCUCCAUAUCAAGCUCUACAUCAUCUACACCUGGAUCAAGUGACAUACACUCCACAAUAUUAAUAACCUCUCCACCAUCUAAAGUAUCCUCCACACCUGAUACAAGAGAAGUUCACUCUACCAGUGUUUCACAUCCUUCACCUGAUGUGUCAGUCUCAGUAUCAAGCACUGCAUCAUCUACACCUGGAUCAGGAGACAUACACUCCACAAAAUUAAUAACCUCUCCGCCAUCUAAAGUAUCCUCCACACCUGAUUCAAAAGAAAGUCACUCUACCAGUGUUUCACAUCCUCAACCUGAUGUGUCAAGCUCCAUAUCAAUCUCUACAUCAUCUACACCUGGAUCAAGUGACAUACACUCCACAAUAUUAAUAACCUCUCCACCAUCUAAAGUAUCCUCCACACCUGAUACAAGAGAAGUUCACUCUACCAGUGUUUCACAUCCGUCACCUGAUGUAUCAGUCUCAGUAUCAAGCACUGCAUCAUCUACACCUGGAUCAGGAGACAUACACUCCACAAAAUUAAUAACCUCUCCACCAUCUAAAGUAUCCUCCACACCUGAUUCAAAAGAAAGUCACUCUACCAGUGUUUCACAUCCUCAACCAGAUGUGUCAAGCUCCAUAUCAAGCUCUACAUCAUCUACACCUGGAUCAAGUGACAUACACUCAACUAUAUUAAUAACCUCCCCACCAUCUAAAGUAUCCUCCACGCCUGAUUCAAGAGACAUUCUCUCUACCAGUGUGUCAUAUACUCCACCUGAUGUAUCAGUCUCAGUAUCAAGCUCAUCUACACCUGCGUCAAACAACACAUUUUCCACAAAAUUAGCAACUUUUACAUCCGUUCCUGUACCCAAGAGUACACCACAUGAAUGUCAAUGCUUCAUGCCAAACUGCUCAACUGGCUUCCGCGUUGCUGCUGUGAAAUCACGAAUUAACUCCUGCCCCAAUGUUACGUGUGUACCUGAUGCUGUCUGUGUGCAAGGAACUGAAGUGUAUCAGGUUGGAUCAAAUAUCCCACAACCUGCAGAUUCAUGUCGGAGAUGUGAAUGUUCUCAAGAAAUGGACACAAGAUCACAGUUCUAUAUAGUAAAGUGCCAACCAGUUGUGUGUCAAACAACCUGUGAAAAAGGUUAUGAAUACGUAAUGAAAGCAGGACAGUGCUGUGGAGAAUGUGUGCGUAUCAAGUUAAAAUGUACCAUGAUGGGAAAUUUUGAUGCCAAUAUAAACACAGGAAAAUCAGGAUAUAAUGGAAACACAGGAAGUUCAGAAAGCACAGAAGUCUCUGGAGGCACAGGAAGCAACGGAGGCUCAGGAUACACAGGAAGCAAUGGAGGGUCAGGUAACACAGGAAGCAAUGGAGGGUCAGGUAACACAGGAAGCAAAGGAGGCUCUGGAAACACAGGAAGCUCAGAAAGCACAGAAGUCCCUGGAGGCACAGGAAGCAAUGGAGGUUCAGGAUAUUCAGGAGGCAACGGAGGGUCAGGUAACACAGGAAGCAAUGGAGGUUCAGGAUACACAGUAGGCAACGGAGGGUCAGGUAACACAGGAAGCAAUGGAGGUUCAGGAUACACAGGAAGCAAUGGAGGUUCAGGAUACACAGGAGGCAACGGAGGCUCAGGUAACACAGGAAGCAAUGGAGGUUCAGGAUACACAGGAAGCAAUGGAGGUUCAGGAUACACAGGAGGCAACGGAGGCUCAGGUAACACAGGAAGCAAAGGAGGCUCUGGAAACACAGGAGGCAAUGGAGGAUCUGGAAACAAUGGAGGCUCUGGAAACACAGGAAGCAAAGGAGGCUCUGGAAGCACAGGGAGCUCAGAAAGUCCAGAAGACACUGGAAAUUCAGAAAAUAAUGGAAACACAGGAGGCAAAGAUACCAGAAACACAGUAAUAGACCUACAGAUUGGUGAAAUAUUUCACGUACCUAAUAACACUUGUGCAUAUUAUGAGUGCAGAGAAGUAAAUGGUGUUGCCGUCCUCACCAGGGUGGAGAAGGUUUGCCAGCCAUUGGAUAUCUCCCUAUGUGAUAUGAGUACUCUCACAUAUGAUGCUGACAAUUGCUGUAGGACAUGCACACCUAAAAAACAAUUAAUAGUAACGCCCCCUCCAGAGGUCAUAGAAGACUGCAGUGUGCGUAAGAACGUCACAGUCCUGGAACAAAAUGACUGCAUGCUUGAGGUGGAGCUAUCUUACUGUGGAGGACCCUGCAUGGGAUCAUCAAUGUAUUCAAUGGCAUCCAGUGGAUUUGACAAUAAAUGUUCAUGCUGCAAAGAGAUGGAGUUUGUAACAAGGAAUGUGGAACUGCUGUGCGCUAGGGGAAGGCGCCAGGCCUACAGCUAUGUUGAUGUGCUGAGUUGUGGCUGUGCUGGAGCAGUUUGUACUCCUCAGAACAACCCAAAUUAAGGCCCAAUCCAUAGAAUAGUCAGCAGAUACAAUGUAAUGGAACAGCAGGUUGACAUUUUCCUCAAAACAAAGAGAGCAAGGACUGAAACGUAGAAAAAAUUAUGUAUAACCCACAUAACAUAUACCACUCUAUUCUUUGUGAUUUUAGAACAUAAGCCAAUCAUUCUAAGGAUGUGUAAUGAAGUGCAAACUUCGUCUAGAUAAUAGCCUUACCAGACUUAGACUGCUUAGUCAGACUUAGCUACAUUGCUCUUUUAAGCCAGAAUAUAAUAAUGUGCCUUAUUAUCAGUUCUCUUGCUAUUUCUUUUGUAAAU